GUAAAACUCAGCAAACUAUCUGUUCCAUGUACAGCAGCACCAGCAUUAGAGACAGAAGGUGGCCUUGGAUGUCCAACCCUUUUUCUUCACGAGGGAGAGAAAGGCAGCAAGAGACGCAGGGAAAAGGCUACCUCAAGCCACCAAGGAAGGAUGUGGGUUUCUACUCUUGUUUUUACUGUCCUGCCUCACAUUGGAGGCUUCCUUAGCUGGUUCUUUAAUCGAAAAGAAAUGCCUGUUUGGCAUGAGAAGCUGAAAAAGCCUUCAUGGUGUCCACCUUGCAAAAUACUCUCUGUUGCUUGGAGUAUCCUGUACACUGUCAUGGGCUAUGCCUCCUACCUGAUAUGGAAUGACCUGGGCGGCUACAGCAGCAAAAUUAUCAUCCCACUUGGCCUCUACGGGGCUCAGCUGGCCUUGAACUGGGCUUGGACGCGCUUAUUCUUCCGUGCACGUAACCUGAAGAUGCGGCCAUAACUUAAUACCCCUAUACUCAAGAAGAUGGCAGAAAAGCAGGAGGAGCCCAGCAACGCCCAGAACGGUGAACCUGACAACGCAGAAGAGGGCGAGGAAAAAAAGAAGAAGAAGUUGAAGCGGGAAGACCUGCCACCAUUUGAAAUUGUGACAGGGGAGCGUCUCCCAGCCAUAUUUUUCAAAUUCCAGUUCAGGAAUGUGGAAUACAGCUCAGGCAGGAACAAAACCUUCCUGUGUUAUGUUCUCGAGACCCAAGGCAAAGAGUCAGUGACUUCUCGGGGUUACCUGGAAGACGAGCACGCAGCCGCCCAUGCAGAAAUGGCUUUCUUCAACACAAUUUUACCAAAGUGUGAAUCAAGCCUCCGUUACAACGUCACCUGGUACGUCUCCUCCAGUCCCUGUGUGACCUGUGCUGAUCGGAUAACUGAGACCCUAAAGAAGAACAAGAACCUGCGACUGACAAUCAUGGUAGGGCGGCUCUUCAUGUGGGAAGAACCAGAAAUGCAGGCUGCCCUGAAAAAAAUGAUAUCAGCUGGCUGCAAGCUGAGGAUUAUGAAGCCUCAAGACUUUGAGUAUGUCUGGCAGAACUUUGUGGAACAGGAGGAAGGAGAGGAAGCAAAGGCUUUCGUGCCAUGGGAGGACAUUCAAGAGAACUUCCAGUAUUAUGAGGAGAAGCUGUCUGAGAUUUUGCACUGAAGCUCACGUGAGUGAGGAUUUCCACUUGGUCACCUAGCUCCUUGUAUUAGUAUUACAGACUCCUCUUUUUUUCUUCAGGCUGUUAAAGGCAAACCCCAGAGCCAAUUUCAGUUGCUGUUACUCUCAUACAUACCCAGCUGGGUUUGCCUGUACCUGAAAUACUGCAAACAAUCCUAGGCAGUAACGUAGCCCUUCAAGGGCAGUAACACUACAGUGGGCUCCACCACAGCAGACAUGCAAUGGAUUUAGUUUUUUUUCUUCUCCUCAGAGUAAACACCUCCAGGAAUAAAGAAUAAAAAGGUACUAGGAUCACUAGGUGCAACAAGAAUACCUCAUUAUUCCCCCCAUGCACGAUAUUCAGAACGCAUGUGGAAACAGUGGGAAUGUAGAGCCUAGCCCUCUAGAAAAACAGCCAACCACUAAAGGAAAUCACAGUUAUCAUUGCAGAAUUCCCUUUUUUUUUUUUUCAGGGAUACCACAAAGUCACCUAUUUAAGCCAUAAAACAUGAAAGCAUUUGAAGCUUCUAACAUGUCUCUCUUUCUCCUUCCCCAGGACCAAUUCAGAAAAGAUCUACAGAGAGAUGCGACAAGACUCGGACAUCAGGGCCACUCCUGCUUUCCAAAGCCUGGAUUCCAGCAGGAUGGAGUACCAACUUCUGGAAGACUAAGCCCUGAUGGACUACAAAUACAUAUACAACACAGAUCUUUGCUGUUUGGCGUUUUUUUUGGUUUAUGUUGUUUCUCCCCCCCACCCCAAACAAACCCAUGCUGCCUCUGCUGACAGGAAAAAAAGGCGGCAACAUAUGGUGUGGUUAAACCUUGAAUGAAAGGGAUUGCAGGGGACCUACAGGAAAGAGUCCAGGUCUCACAUAUUGGUACUAUUUUUUCAAGAAAAGAUCUUAGAACAAAGCUGCCAAUUAGAUAAAUGUGUUUAGAAAGUACAUACUUCAUACAUGUUAAAAAGAAAGGCAUUUAAGGCAAAAAAAAAAAAGGUUUUCUUUCUCUGGCCUCCUCAUUAAUCAGAGCUGUGAUUUAAAUUAGGGCUAACUGGUCUGUGAUGGAGCCCCAAGUACUUCAUUUCAAAUACAUCAAAAACCUUCUCCCCUUGUUCAAUGAUGUUUGUGAUAUAAAACCGGGAAAAGCAAAGUGAAAUAAAAUUGGAAGUCACUGCAAAAGCUAUAGCACUGUUUAUUCCUUCUUCUCUAUUUGCAAGAGGUCCUAAAUUUAAUCUGACAAGUGAGACAUCCUGGGACAGCCACGUAUGAAAUAUUUCGUAGCUGAAGUGCAGCAUGACGAGAAGGGAGAAUUACUAUAUGCCAAAAAAAUUUCAAGAGUACAUACAAGUGUGGGAGACAGAGAGAGAGAGAAUAUGGGCAUAUCACUUUCCAUAUAAAACAAGGCACAGACCAAACAAGGGUCACAGGGACACUCAUCGGCUAAGAAACUGAGUCAGAUAAGGGUCAUUCUUCCAAUCAGUUCUUCAUGUUGGUUUCUGCCUCACUGUCACAAGCUAGAAUGGUGCUAGAGAUGCACACAUAAAACUCCUGACCGCACCUGUCUCUUACCUCAGUCAGCUGCACUAAAUUCUGGCAUAAAUUUUCAAGGCAGAAAAAACAAGCAGCAAUGAGAACACCUUUGUGGAGCCACUGUGGGUUUCAUCUCUUUGCCACUAGAUUUAAAAAAUGCAAAUAAGUGUAAGGGCUAAAUCAAUGAGCAGUCUUGAUGCCCGCUCUUGAUCAGCUUAAUACUCCAAGUUCCUAUUUGUCUUACUGAGUUUAUUUUUUUUUUUCAGUUGUGUACUUAGCUACAACAAUUAUCCACCAAAACCAAGGUUUAUAAAGGAUGGUUGACAAACAAGGAGAGUAAUAACAUGAAGCUCUUAAAGACACAGUCAGGAUUUGCAGAUCUGCAUCAGCAAAGAAACCACACAAUACAGAUUAACCCACAAAGCUCAGAACAGAAAACGCUCCACCCAUUCAAUUCACAGUAAAAAGCAAUAAGGACUCCUUUAUGCCAAAAAAGUAACUGUUACGUCCCAUCUUUUAGGUUUAUUCAACGUAUCUGGCAUUUUUCUGCCAUUCAAUAUGAAGUAACUCAAAAAGAUUUGUUAUUACGGAGGGUGGGGAAAACCAAACAUAAAGGAGAUGCAGACCACACUUUCAAAAAUCAAGUGUUUAUCAACGGUCUGAUGAACUGUGACUAAUUUGCUUUCGCCAUUGGUGCAUCAAACACCAACCUACAUACAGCAGCUAAACUACAAAUGCAGUAAAAAAAGAACUAUGGAAAACAAACCUUGAGCUCCAUACUAUGACUUUUUACAGCACAUCAGUCAUUCACAGGUGUGGAUUCUCAGAAAACUGAGCCUGCAGACUCUACCAAUUAUACACUAUAGAAUGCACCCACAAGGCGUCUUUACACAUCUCCAGCAUUCCCCCUCGAAACCCAGCUUUCCUCUAGAAGAGAGCCACAACACAUACAGACGUAGGUAUGUUUUUCAGAAGGACUGUGCUCUGAUCUGACAGCAGAGUACUGACAAGCUAUUUAUUUCAUGUUGACAGCAUGAUUCUUAGUGAGUACAAUCUCGUAACAAAAAAAUUGUAUUUGUGGCAGGAACAUAGAAAUUAAAUUUUUAACCCUGUAACGAACAGAGUAAGUGAACUCUAUGCCAGAGAUGAACAUUGCAAAACUUUUGAAAAGUCACAGGGCUCCAAAGCUCAUCAUUAUCAACGGCAACUACAAACCAACAAAUACCUAAGCAACAGACAGCUCCAGUUUCACUCUGCACAGGAACUGUCAGCUUUAAGUAGAAACUCUAGUGCAGGCAGGUGGUCCAUGGAGGACCAGUGACAUCUGGUGGCUUGCUGGGACAGACCAGGAACUCCCAGAGCGUUAUCACAGCACCCUUGCCUUCUUCACAGGCUCCCUGAACACUACAUCCCAAAUUAGCUGCUCUGGAGCCCUUUUUUUUUAUUUGUUGUUGUUGUUGUUAAAAGCCACUGCUACUGACAACA